UACAGUCCAACAGAAGCAGCUCGCAGUAAUCAAAAGUAGUUUUGUAUGUUUAACCUUUUCUUUUUUCCGGUGCAGUAGACAAACUGGCAUCUGUCGGUAAUUGUGUCUCUGUAGUUGACUCAGUAAGUUGGUUCAUGACGAUUACAGACGAGUUCUGUCAGGCUUUUGCCGUCGUCAUGCCAGUUCGAGCAGAGAGCCGCAGCUACCCCGACUCGGCCUGCUCAUCCCCGGCCUCUCUUGUGCCCCCUGGCCCGAUCAACACGCAGCAGCCCGGGGUGGCCACGUCGCUGCUCUACAGCGGCUCACGAUUUCGAGGUUAUCAGAAGAGCAAAGGAAACUCUUACGACGUUGAGGUCGUUUUGCAGCAUGUCACUGUGGAGGACUCGUAUUUGUGUGGUUACUUGAAGAUCAAAGGUCUGACUGAGGAAUAUCCUACUCUAACAACAUUCUUUGCUGGUGAAAUUAUCAGCAGAAAGAGGCCUUUUUUAACCAGGAAGUGGGACGCGGAUGAAGAUGUGGACAGAAAACACUGGGGCAAGUUUCAGCCAUUUUAUAAAUAUGCUAAAGACUUCAACUCUGAUGGCUUUGACUAUGAAGCUUUGGACAGCAGCGAUUAUAUCUUCAUGAGGUGGAAGGAGCAAUUUCUAGUUCCUGACCACACGAUCAAAGACAUCAGUGGGGCAUCUUUUGCUGGCUUCUACUACAUCUGCUUCCAGAAGUCUACAGCCACCAUUGAGGGAUAUUAUUACCAUCGAAGCUCUGAAUGGUACCAGUCACUUACUCUAAACCAUGUUCGAGAACACAGUAUCGCCAUUUAUGAAUUCCGGUGAUGAAUAUAUGCAGAAGUAGUGUGGUCAGGAAUGAGCCGGUGCAUCCUGAAGCAGUGGCUGAACAGAGCGGGACGAACAAACGGCCGUCAACUCGAGCUCUUCACACUGAGGAGCAGAAACCGUUCCGAUGCCCUACGUUGGACUUAAAGAAGGAUGAAGAAAGGCAAAGAUUCAGAGAGGGAUAUUUGUCACAGUCAUUGACAGUUACCUGGAAUUGACUUUUUCAUUUUCCUUUUUUUUUUUCUUUUGUCUGUUGUUAGUUUCUUCACCCAUUCAUUGAAAUUUUUUCCUUAAAAUUUAAGAGUCUCGUGGGUGUGAAGUUGUAGACUUUUGUUUGCUAAAACUGAACUUUUGUCAUUUUAUUGAUGCUGAAUAUUUGCAGUAUUAUUAUAAGUCCACAGAUUGUGGUGGUCAGGCUUAAUGACGGGUCGGUCUUGGCGCUUGGCAAUUGACUCUUUUACACAGCUUCAGUAUGACGUGAGCUGAUCCGGAAUAGUGUGCCGAAAGUGUGGAUUCUGAAUAGUAAUACCAAUAAUCAUUUUUCAAGAUGUUUUUUUUAUGCAAAAUUAUUUUAGAUUUUUAUGUAUUGAAUGGUCUAACAAUAUUUUCUUCUUUCCAACCUAAAGGUCAUCAUUCAGUUAGCAUGACCUACCUGCAGAGCUUUAGGAGCUGACACCGGACAAAAAUGGGAACCAUUACAACAUAUUUUGUUGCAAUGAUGAGUGUGACCAGUGUUGGAAGAUUGCAUGUGUUUAGGUUCAUGCACAUUACAUAGAUAUGUGAUUCCAACUCAUUUGUUCAAAGGUCAUCCUGAGAAAUUCAGUGUCCAUGAGAGAUAAUAUGAAAUGCAGCUCUGCUGGAGAAAUAAGGUUUGGACUGACACUUUCAUUAUUGAUUAAUGUGCCAUUGUUGAUUAUUUAAUCUGUAAAAUGUCAUUAUAAUUAAAAAAAAAAAAUGCUCAUCAAGAACCAAAG